GCUUUUGUGGGCGGUCACCGACGGUACGUCACUUCCGGCACGUGGUAAUGCUCCAAACUCCCGCCCGGAACUACAACAUUGUUUUGCCCUUCUCCUCACUCCAGCACUGUGAGCUUUUUCCUCCCCCAUUAUGGCAGAGACAAAGACAGCGGAGUCCAACCUUGACGAUCUUCUUGCAAACGAGGAGGAUCUGGAGAAUGCUUUGUGCGUACUGGCAGGAAGUGACCCAGAAAACUGCUCUUAUUCCCGGGGCUAUGUGAAGAGGCAGGCGGUGUUCGCAUGCAACACAUGCACACCCAAUGCAGCACAGCCUGCUGGCAUUUGCCUGGCUUGUGCCAACAAAUGCCACGAUGGACAUGACAUCUUUGAACUGUACACCAAAAGAAAUUUUCGCUGUGAUUGUGGAAAUGGCAAGUUUGGGGAAUUCCGGUGUCAGCUCAUUCCGGCCAAAGAUGAGGAAAAUGUGAGAAACCUUUACAAUCACAACUUCUCUGGCUGCUACUGCUCAUGCGACCGGCCGUAUCCUGACAUGGAGGAUCAAGUCAACGAUGAGAUGAUUCAGUGUGUCGUCUGCGAGGAUUGGUUUCAUACCAGGCAUUUGCGGUGCACAGUGGCUGAGCCCGAGGAGUUGCAGGAGAUGCUGUGCGAGGCCUGCAUGAACAAGGCUCCGUUCUUGUGGACGUAUGCUGCUCACUUUGCAGUUUCACCCGAGGAGGAUGAAGAGGUGGAUGUAGUGGAAGUAGAAGAAAAGCGGCACGUUUCGGAGUCAAGUAAAAUUAGCCUUGAAGAACCUUCCACCAGUCUUGAAUACAAGGACCAGGAGGGAGCGGCAACCAGGAGCUUACCUUGUAAACGGAGCCACGAUGACAUGACAGACCGACCCGGGGAGACCAGAACGGCAUCUUGCAAGCUGAAGGAUCUCCGGGCCCAGAAUGUGGCGAGGCCUCGACGGGGUGCCGUGUUUUGGCCUUCCGGUUGGCGCUCUCGGUUGUGCACCUGCACAAGCUGCAAGAGGGCUUACGUAGCCGCACAGGUCCAUUUCCUCAUGGACGAGUCCGACUCGGUUCUGGCCUAUGAGAACAGAGGCCUGGUGGAGCCAUUUGGGCAGCACCCGCUGAUGGCAGUGACCAGUUCAAUGAACAGAGUCCAGCAGCUAGAGUUCAUUUACGGUUAUAAUGAGCUAACGACUGCAUUGACCACAUUUCUUCACCAAUGUGCAGCCGAAAAUAAGGUGAUCACUGCAGAAGCCGUGCAUCAGUUUUUCGAGGAGCUGCAGGCUAAAAAACGGCGCAGGACCAACAUGGGCUACCAAUGACUGAACGUGGGCUGUGCUGCUUUUGAUGAAAACUCUGAACGUUUCUUUCCCCCCUGUUGAAUAAAAGGGGUGUUCAUGCUGCAACCAAUGAAUCUAGAAGAAAUAGUGCAAAUGUCAGAAGCAGGCUUGUUUCUGUUCAAGAUGCCUUAACUUUGAAGUUUAACAAGAAGGCUCGUUGUUACUUCAUGCAUGUGCAUUUGUCACCGGUUUUGUUUCAGCACUGGAUGUUUGAAAAAGUCUGUUAAAGACAUAUUGCAAAGUGUUACAUGGGGAUAAUUGUAGUAUAGGCAGUUUAGUAAAGAAUAAUUGUCAACCA